AUGUUGAAACUCUUCCUCGAUAAAGGGACCAUAGUGUCAUGUAGUCCUACAGCAUCUCCAGCAGAGGUUCUUAUUGUGUCUACACCACAGCAGAGGAGGGCACGAUCUGCACCAUGGUUGUAUCAUUUCUAUCCUGACGAGGCUUGGGUUGAUCACAAGAUCACGCUGCCAUUUGCUAUACUCUUGAAAGAAGUGCAGAUUCAACCUCACAGUCCAGCUCUUUCAACCUGUCCAGCAUAUGUAUCUUUAGAGGCAAGCCAAGAUGGUGUGACUACAUUCCCUCUUUGUGCACCUAUGAACACCAGCAGUCUUGUUUUCAUUAAGUUACAGCUACAGAGAUCAGAGGUGGUUACUUCAGUAACAAUAAGGUUACAUCGGGCACAUGACUCCAUGACAAUAGGGCUGUCACAGAUACUUCUGAUGGGAUAUAGUGCAUUUGGAGAAGUGGUUUACAAAACAAACAAUCUGUUCUUACCAACAGAAGAUUUCGUCUCGAGAUCUAGUGUUGGUUGGAUAAGGUUAUUGCACCACUGCCUGGUGUCUCAAAAGGAGAUGGAAAAAAUGGUUGCUGAAGCAGCGGCCCCUACAAGAGGUUUACUAAAUACAUGUACAGCCCAACUAGUGUCUCUCCACAGUAUACUCACCUACCAUAGAGGCUGUUCUGCAGAAACUUGGACUCCAUUCAGGAGAGCUGGGUCUAGCUUUGAUAGAUAAUAUACUGAGAAGUAAUACGUCAGUUUCUGACGAUGAAUUAGCCUCACAGUACCUGGGUAAAAUGGGAGGUAUUGCUAAUGAGUCCAUUAUAGAGAUCCUGUACCAGCUAGGAACUGUACAAGACAGAUGGACAGCUGACAGGUUAAAAGCCAUGUUGCAGUGGUUAGGAGAUAGUGCUCGUGUAGCAUUACAAAGGAAAGCUGUGUUCUCUGAUGAAGGGUUUAGACAUAUUCCCUACGAGGUUACCAGCAUGACCCUGCCCGGCCCCGCCCGUUCUCAUGUUCACUGUAUAGCAGCUGUGCUGUGGCACAGUAAUGAAAUGAGAGUGGACUACAACCUUAGUCAUCUUGUCACCAAAGAC